AUCCUUUUGUCCCUCCCUUCCUCCCUCUCUGCUGUGUCCCAUCCGUCGUCCACUCCAGUGCACUCCCUCCUCCCCGCUUGCUGCACCUCUCUGUACCCUGAGAUGGAGAGCACUCACACAGGCUCACUGCAGCCCAUCUAUGCAAGGUGCGAUGCAGCAGACCAGGCUCCGAGAGACAGGACUCUCUUUCCUCGCUAAAAAAUUCACGGCAAGAUUGGGAAUUUGGAUGUUCCGCGCACAGGAGGGCAAGUUUAGCAUCAUCGAUGUUCUGAGUUUUACUAAGCUGUUCCAAGAACUCUUGUUGUUUCCAAUGGCUUUUGUUGAGCACUGUCAUGGAUCCGGGUUGAAACUGGAUUAUUUUCCAGGUGGGAGGAAUUUGGAUGCCGUUUUUGGCAUCAGAAUGCAGAGCGUCUGAAUUUGGGCACACAUCAUAAGGUAGCAGUAGCCCAUGGAUAUGUUUGGUUUUUCUAAAGUGCAAAAGUCCUCUGCUCACAAAAACAAGACAUCAGGCUGGCCGCCCCCGGGCUCCUGGGGGGCACUGCCGGGGCCUCCGUUCAGUUGGGACAGCAUGAACUGCAACAGGGAGAGCCAGAACUGCCUCACCAACCAAGUUUCCCAGAGCAGCUCCCUCGAGGAGGUUCAUCUGGAUGCAGUCCCACCUGUGCCCCGCUUGGUGGAGAUGCGGCGUGACCCCGUCUUGGGUUUUGGAUUUGUGGCAGGCAGUGAGAAGCCGGUGGUGGUCCGCUCGGUCACGCCAGGUGGCCCAUCAGAGGGAAAGCUCUUGCCAGGUGAUGAGAUCAUCAUGAUCAAUGACGAACCUGUCAGUUCAGCUCCAAGAGAACGAGUCAUCGACCUUGUCAGGAGCUGCAAGGAAUCCAUUCUAUUGACUGUCAUCCAACCUUAUCCAUCCCCUAAAUCGGCGUUCAUCAGUGCAGCUAAAAAAGCCAUGCUCAAGUCCAAUCCAGUCAAAGUGCGCUUUGCCGAGGAGGUCAUCAUAAACGGCCAGGUUCCAAACCCGGUGAAGGACAACUCGCUUUUAUUCAUGCCAAAUGUCCUGAAGGUCUACCUGGAGAAUGGGCAGACCAAGUCUUUCCGCUUUGACAGCAGUACCUCCAUCAAGGAUGUGAUCUUGACCCUGCAAGAGAAACUCUCAAUCAAAUGCAUCGAACAUUUCUCCCUCAUGUUGGAGGAGAGGACAGAAGGCUCCGGAAACCGACUGCUUUUGCUGCAUGAACAAGAGAUGCUUGCUCAGGUGACUCGCAAGUCCGGUUGUGAAAAGAUGAAGUGUUUUUUUCGAGUCAGCUUUAUGCCCCGCGACCCAGUGGAGCUACUGCGGAGAGAUGCUGUGGCAUUCGAAUACCUCUAUGUGCAGAGUUGCAAUGAUGUGGUGCUGGAGCGAUUCGGCUCGGAGCUCAAGUAUGACGCAGUGCUGCGCCUGGCAGCGCUGCAAAUGUACAUUCUCACCUUGACAACCAAGCAAAGCCAGAAGGUCUCGCUAAAAUAUAUCCAAAAGGAGUGGGGCCUGUCGCUGUUCCUGCCUCCUGCUGUGCUGACCAGCACGAAGGAGAAAAACAUCAAAAAAGCUCUGACACACAUCCUCAAAACCAACCAGAACCUCGUGCCUCCUGGGAAAAAACUGACUGCUUUGCAGGCCAAGGUGCAUUAUCUAAGGUACCUCAGUGAGCUUCAACUUUAUGGCGGAAGAGAGUUUAAAUCAAUACUUUUGCAAGGUGAGAAACAAACCGAGGUGACGUUGUUGGUGGGUCCUCGUUAUGGUAUCAGUCAUGUCAUCAAUGCACGGACCAACCUAGUGGCCCUCUUGGCUGACUUCAGCCACGUAAAUCGAAUUGAAAUCCUUACCGAGGAUCAAAACAAUGUCCGUUUGGAGCUGCAUGUUCUGGAUGUCCGGCCCAUCACCCUCAUCAUGGAGUCAAGUGACGCAAUGAACCUGGCCUGUCUGACAGCAGGCUACUAUCGCCUCCUUGUGGACUCAAGGAGAUCUAUCUUCAAUAUGGUCCACUGCAGCAACUCUGGGGGGGAUGAUGACAGUCAGGAUCAUGUCCUUGAGUGGCCAUACAGCACAUCUUUUGGGGACAGCGAGGGGAUAUCACAGAGCCAGUCGGACCUCUACAGGGACUCUCAAUACGCAGACAAUGGGCAGAGAGAAAACAACUUCUAUCCCUUCUUCCAUCAAUCCCAGAACCCUGAAAGAGAUCUUCUGACCCAGAGUCCGGUGCCACCUCCUCUUCCCCCCUCGACCAGACACAAACCUCAAGACUCACCUCGGAGUGCCAAAGUGUCAUUUAUUUUUGGAGCAGAGCCACCUUUGAGCAAGACUCGAGAGUUAGUCUAUGAACGGCUACAGGAGAGUCCUGAGGUAGCUGAGCGCAGACCAACCUAUUCGCACAAUGCCGACUUUGGGGCACAGGACAGGGGGUCAUUUCAUUUCAGUGAUCUGACACAUGUCUAUAGCAACAUAAUAAGUGGGGAAGGGAGUGAGGAGCCACUUUUAAGAGAUCUGUUUUAUCGUGAUACAACAGACGAUGGAGAGGAUGAGGACGAGGCUUCUUGUGAAGAAGACUCCGCUGGAGGAACACCAAUGGGUGACACAGAAGCCGGCGAAGGAGUGGCCACUGCAGCGGGCAAAGCUUCUUUUCUCAUGCUUUCUGGACCUACCGAUGACAUCAUCGACCUCACAUCGCUGCCUCCACCUGAGGGGGAUGACGCGGUUGAUGACGAUGAGGACGACUCGCUGCUGCAGACGCUCAACCUCGCAAUUGCAGCCCCGCCACCAGGCUUUCGUGACAGUUCAGAUGAGGAUGUGGUGCCUGAGGGAAAGCUUCUGAGCCCACACGACAAUGAUGAUAUUCCAGUCUCAUUAAUUGAUGCGGUACCUACUCAAGAAGAGGGACGAGCGGAGGAAAAGAGGCAGUUGGAGAACACGGUCGUAAACGCUCUGCAUGCAAUUGAAGCAUUGUCUGUCUCUGAACAGAGGCCUCCACUACCUCGUCCACCACCCAGCAGGAACAAUCCAGGUGUUUACACAUCUCGAGGCUUUAGCCCACAGUCUUCCUCGGACUCCGGAAAUGAGACAAACUCCUCAGAAAUGACAGAACUCUCUGAGCUGGCCGCUUGUCAUCGACUCAGCGAGAGCCACAUGCGCUUCCUGGUGGCUACGAGGGAGGGGUACCAGCCUUUACUUGAGGAGAAAACAGCGUUUCCUGUUUCACCCAGCACUGAAGGAAAUACCCUAAAGAAGUCCCGUAGUCCGCAGCACCUUCGACCACCUGCCGUCCCUCCAAGACGGAGCCCGCAUUUGGACGCAGGAGCAUCAUUACAGCCGGACUUCCUGAGAGAGACAAACCUCUCUUCAACUCUUCAGCGGCCAAGUUCCACAACACCAGGAGGCAAGCAUCACAAAAAGUCUCUGGACUCAAGCGGGAAGUAUAACACGUUUAGCACAAGGGAAGGGUACCGAUGUGGGAGUCAUGGAGCCAUUCAUCUUGAUAAUAAUCAGCGUACUUCAUUCUGUGAUCGAGGCAGAAGCCAAAGAAGACACAACUUGCUUCUGGAUGAAGAGUCACAUGCUCAGGACCAUGAUCCACACAGCCACCCCAGUGACAAUCAACACAUUUCCCAUCCUGCCUCCUCUUCAUCUGAUAGUCAUUUAGGUGUGGCUACACUCGGGAAGUGCCCUACAGAUAGCAGAGCUGUCGAGCAAGAUGAACAUCUAGUUGUAGCAUCGUUACUGUCCCCAAAUAAAAACAACAGACUAGUGUGUUUAGAACAAGCAUCGGAUGUACAGAAUGACCAUCAGCCCAUUUCAAGACAACAAAGUGUCGCACGUUUGUGUGAGUACCAUCUUGCGAAAAGGAUUUCAAACUUACAAGGUGAAACCCACAGUUCUCUACAGGGCUCUCUGUGCUCAUCACUGGAUGCUGGUGGCAGUGCAAACAGCAGUAUCUGUGCCACACCGACCGACUCGCCGCUUGGUCCAGGGGCAAUCGAGUCGAAACACCAACGCCUACAAAGGCACCCAAUCUCAAGUUCUUCCUCAUCAUUACUCAGGGUCUUAAACUAUGAAGAACUUAAACCUGGACAGAGCCCCCAAGCAAAGGAUUUUCACCCUCAUGCUGACCCUGUCCUUGUUCGAAAAAUGCUGCCCAACAUUCACACUCCUGGUGGCGCUGACCCUGGCCGCCCCUCCUCAGCCACACCCUCUAAACACAAAGAGACAAUAACAAGCAAAAAGCCCUGUUUUAAAGGGCCAUCCCAAAAAGAAGGCAGUGACGCAUACAGACAAUUGAUCAACUACCUAACUGUAAGCCAAAUGCACCAAGGUGGAAAGUUACACAGCGCAGGGAUGGGGGGCGGUGUGAAAAAAGACACUCGUCGCUACAUCACAAGCAACCCUCAGCUCGUCGAAAUGGUGAAGAACCGAGGCGGCACAAUGCCUCGAUGCCAAUGUAUGCCAUCCUCCAAAUCAUCCCCAUUGGUUCGCUCGAACGUGGUAAACCCAAAUGCACUGCAGCUGAUGAAUAGCGACCAAAAGUCCUACCACUCCGCCACACUUCCUGCCAAACUAAAAGGAAGCCCUGACAUCUAUACUCAGGGCCCUAAUGGUAGGUUAGAUGUGAAGCAGGCAAAUGCAGAGAGAAGAAGCUCCUUUUCUGGACUGCAAAGUGAGCUUGAGAGGAGCGGAAUGGACCCCGAUCAGUUCCUGUCACUGUAUAAAAAAGAUGGCUACAUUAGCCAUGAGGGUGGGGGAACCGCUGGUAGGCCUCCACCUCGUUCACGAAGCCAACCAAGUGGUGACACAGAUGAAUGGUGCAGAUCAGACCCAAGAGAAAGGCACGCAGUCCUUCAAACCUCUGCCUCUUGUUUAAGUGGUCAUCGAGCAGACCUCAACAAAUUGUCGCUCGGAAGGGGGCCUUCAGCUUUCACCAGACAGGCAUCUACAAGUACCAUGGCUGACAUUUCCUCUCCAUCCUCACCACUUCAUCCACGGUCUCCCCCUCCUCUUGCAGUAAUUCCAGCACAAAGCAACAGUGCUUCCAGCGACUCUAGAUGCACACAGGAUGCCAUCCAUUCAACCCUAUCACGGCCAAAUGAGAACCACAUUCAUGUUGUCAGCUCAAUCCCAUCACAAUUGGAUCCCCUCAAUAAUUACUCGCAAAGAGGCCGGGAACUAAAACGCAGUUCCAGUAAUGUCACCAAUAGCUCUGGUAGUGUAGAGGUUCUGUUUGAAAAACCCAGCAGAAGCCAGAGCCAGCAGCGCUUGUCACCAUUGGUGCCCCAGCAAGGAGAAACCAAAGUCCAAAAAAGGCCAACAAGAAAGAGACUCUCCAAGAGUUACUCCCAUGGCUCAGUGUCAUCCCACACCACGUGUUGGUCUUCGGGCACCAGGGUCGACAGCAGAAGGGCUUCUGUGGCAUUUCCUUUGCAGAAAGACAAUAAACACAUGAAGAGCUCUCAAAAACUGGACACUAAUCCUUGGAGAUGUAAUGGACCUUUCAGCUACUGUUUCUUUAAACGUAAAAGUGAGGGAGAAGACGAUGACAGUGAGUGGGACACACCAAGACGAAGCCGUGGCGGGAGUAACCUUGAUAACGACUGCACUGCAUCCUUAGCCAUCUUCCCCUGUGGCUCUGCUGUGGAUGCAGCUGGAGAGCAGUUGUACGGUGAGGUCCUUAACAACAUGAGCUUUAGCGACCGCCUGGCCCGAGUCAACGCCCUCAAGGACCGCAUGUACAGUUUCCCUUCCGGGUUCACGGAUGUCCGGCGUGAUGCCAGUGAGCUCAUUGCGCUAGUGAGGUCCAGCAUGGGUCGCUGUGAUCGAGGUGUCCAAAUGCCAAUGCAGGAAGUGUCUCAUUCCAAGCAACUCCUCUCAGUGGAGUCCAAAGAAUUAGGCCGGGCAUGUAGGCGGAUGGCGCAGGCGCACAGCAGUCCUGAAGAGAUGUUGCUAGCUGUGACGUGCAGUUUCCAAGUGCUGUGUUGUCUCUGUGAAGCUUGCAUGUGUCUCGUAAAGGGACUCAGUACCUCAGCCUCACACCAACAGAGAGAGGUUGUUGCAAAAGUAGAUGAGGUCGUUAUGAACUAUAUCUGUUUACUCAAAGCAGCUGAGGCUGCAACUGUGGGAGCACCAGGGGAGCACAGUGUCAAGGCCUUGGUGAGACAUUCUAGUACCAUGUCAGCCAUCGCUAAUGCACUCACACGCUCUCUUAAAACGCUGCUUAGCAAAUAGAGUUUCCUUUCCUCCUUUUACGGUCCAUGUGUGGCCUAUGCAGUCAGCAGAAGUCUGUUUUUAAUCCCCUGGUUCUUUUUAAGGCUAGUGCAGGAGUUGUAUGUUUUUAGCCAUUACAACAAACAUAACUAACUGAGAAAAAAAACAUCCUCAAACAAAGCAGUCCUCACUUAACUUGAUUUUUAUGUCAAUGUAUAAUAACAAAGCCAUAAGGUUGAUUAUAUGAUAUACUGUAUGUAUACAUGUAUACCUAGUAGAACUCCCUUUACUUGUGCAUUAUAUACACACACACACACACACACACACAAAUAUCUGAAUAUACUGUUCUUUUGUCUGAUCCAAUCUUGUUUUGCAGUAGCAAUUCCAGUCAGUUCAUUCAGUACAGUUUUGCCAAUGCAUAUGAUAUUGAAACUCCACAAAUGCAAGAAAAUGUCAUGGAUAUCUAUAUUUAAUAUACUAAUUUCAAGGUUGUAUUUGUGAGAGUGAACAGAGAACUUUCUUAUACCUUUGCAGUCUGAGAGCAAGGAUAUGAGAUGUUAGAGAGUGAUGCUACAAUUUCACCACAUUUAAGACUGCUUGAUAUUUCGUCACUUUUUUAAAAUUAUAUUAUAUACUGCAAACAUGUAUCCAAUUUAUUUUGGGCCAUGUAUGCUUUAAGGUUGUUUUAGCUAUAUGAAAAUUAUUUUUACCUUUCUGUGCAUCUGUUUUGGGAUCACCUUUGUGCUUGAAAGUUUAACUCAACACUUUGUAUCUAUUGCAGUGAUGUCUGAUGACAAAAUAGUGAAUAUUUUUUGGGGUGGGGUGGGGGGAGUAAUUCACAAUCCUAUUAAAACCAAAAUAUUA